GGCUGGAUGGGUCAUUGGUCUGCUACAAUAAUGAAAUUUCUUUUUAGUUCCCCUGAAUAGCUGUGCCCCAUUUUUUGAAAAUGAGAAAAGGAAAACUACAUGAAGCAAAAACAACUCCCAUAUUUAAUAAGGGAAUGGAGAACCUUCCGGAAAUCUGCAUAGCAGCUGCUUCCCCAGAGACAAUUCAGAUUGCGGCUGCCUAUCUUCUUCAACCAGACUAUUUAUCUGGAGUGGGCUAGAGGGCUAGCCUGAGGAAAAGAGAGGGCAGGAGAACUGAGCCCUAGUUCUAGGACAGUCUGGCAUCUUUCCACGAAGUACAUAAUUCCAUGUGACUGCCCCACCUGAAGCCAGAUGGCGGAGGCAAAUGAGGAUAUCGAACAAAUGUUCAGCAACUUGCUGGGGGAAAUGGACCUCCUGACCCAGAGUCUAGGAGUUGAAACUCUUCCACCUCCUCCCAAACCACCCAAUACAGAAUUUAAUUACAGUGUCGGUUUUAAAGAUCUCAGUGAGUCAUUGAACGCCCUGGAGGACAAGGAUCUGGACGCGCUAAUGGCUGAUCUGGUGGCAGACAUCAGCGAAGCUGAACAGAGAACAAUCGAGGCCCAGAAGCAGUCGGCCCAGGGCCAGCCAAGCGCAGCCUCCCAGCCCCGACCCGACCAGAGUGUGGCAGCCCCACUCAGUUGCAAGCCGUAUGUGGCAGCCCCUGGGACCAGCCUGUACUAUGAGGAUGACUUGCCCCCUCCACCUGCAGAUCCCAUCUUAGAUCUUCCCCCACCACCUCCCGAACCCCUCAGUAAGGAAGAUGAAGAAGCCCAAGCCAAAUCAGACAAAAUAAAGCUUGCACUGGAAAAACUGAAAGAGGCCAAAGUUAAAAAGCUCGUUGUCAAGGUGCACAUGAACGACAACAGUACCAAGUCGCUAAUGUUGGAUGAAAGGCAGACGGCGCGAGAUGUUUUAGACAAUCUUUUCGAGAAAACCCACUGCAACUGUAACGUGGAGUGGUGUCUCUAUGAAAAAUACCCAGAGCUUCAAAUUGAGAGGUUUUUUGAAGACCAUGAGAACGUGGUGGAAAUCUUAACAGACUGGACAAGAGAUACUGAAAAUAAAGUGUUGUUUUUGGAGAAAGAUGAAAAAUAUGCUGUCUUUAAAAAUCCUCAGAACUUCUACUUGGCUAACAAAGGGAAGAAAGAAGGCAAGGACUCAAAUGAGAAAAUGAAUUCUAAAAACAAGGAGGCCCUCCUGGAGGAAAGUUUCUGUGGGACAUCUGUCAUCGUGCCAGAACUUGAAGGAGCUCUUUAUUUGAAAGAAGAUGGAAAGAAGUCCUGGAAGAGGCGUUAUUUUCUUUUACGAGCUUCUGGAAUUUAUUAUGUCCCAAAAGGCAAGACUAAGACGUCACGAGACUUGGCCUGCUUCAUUCAGUUUGAAAAUGUAAAUAUUUACUACGGGACACAGUGCAAAGUGAAAUAUAAAGCUCCAACUGACCACUGUUUUGUCUUAAAGCAUCCCCAAAUUCAGAAGGAGUCACAUUACAUCAAAUACCUCUGCUGUGAUGACUUGUGGACUCUAAAUCAGUGGAUAACCGGGAUAAGGAUCGCCAAGUAUGGCAGGACACUCUACGAUAACUACCAGCGAGCAGUGGAAAAGGCCGGCCUGGCUGCAAGAUGGUCAAACCUGGGGACUGGGGACCCAGCUGCUACAACUCAGUCACCUACAACAGGUCCUGGGCAGCCAAAUGGACAGAUCCCCCAGACCACCCACUCUGUUAGCUCGGUUUUGCAAGAAGCACAGCAAGACUUCAACGUGGCUAAGGAGCCAAAUGUGGCUGGAGACUGUAAUCCACCAGCACCUAUGGUCAAGCACCCCAAAAAGUCUGCCCUCUUACCACCACCGCCACCUCAACGGCGAUCUUCCGACACCAGCUGUCUUUCUCUGGGGCCUUCCAAGCCCCAAAAUGCUGGCAUGGGGAACCCUUCAAAUCUGGAAGAUUUUCCUCUCCCUCCGCCCUUACUCGAAGAUGAGUUGCCACCACCUCCGCCUGAUUUUAUUGAUGAGCCUCCUAGUUUUAUACCUCCCCCACCUCCUUCACUUGCCGUUGGUGGAUUACCCUCACCGCCACCACCUCCACCACCUCCACCUUCUGCCGUAUCCAGGGAAAAUCUCGCUCCUCUCAGGAAGAGACCUCCCGCUCCUCCCAAGAGACAAGAGCAGGUGGGGGAACCCAACAGGGGGCCCGGCGGGGAAGCAGAUUUCAUGUCCGAUCUAAUGAAGGCUUUACAGAAGAAGAGAGGUAACAUCUCCUGAAGAUGCCAUGUACGUUUCUCUGGCGUAAUUAUUUCCCUAAUUUUAAUUCAUUUCGGAAUUGAAUUUUUGGGAACUAAGCCAGAAGUGAUAGACAUUUUUUAUUUUGUACAAACUCAAGUACUGGAGAAGCAGCAUGAUCUAGUGGAAAGAGCCUGGGCCAGGGUUGCAGAGGAGGAGUCAGACUUUGGGUAAGUCACUUCACUUUGGUGCUUUA